AACCGCUGGACAUUGUCAGGAACUCUACAAGUGGACAAACUGUUUUCUGAACUAUAAUGAUGACGAGAAUAACGAUAUUUGAAUUUGGAGUCUUUGUCGUGUUCUUGGCAAGUAUGGUAUCGGCUCAGCAGCCGGAUUUAUACAUGCACAAGAUCAUGUCGAAUGUCAAGAAUUAUACAGAAUUUUGUGGUUUGAUGAGCAUGAGUCCAUACGAAUGUGAAAAUGUUGUGAUAAAUUCUGAACCAGUAAACGGAGUAGACGAGACUGGUGAGAAAAUGCUCGUUGGAGGAACAAGCCAGCUUGCCCAGUUUGAUGCAUGUAAUCCUCGUGAACAAACAGUAGCGUUACCACGUCAUCCUGACCCAGAUAUUACAAUAUGGCCAUCAUGUACUCGUGCUAUGAGAUGCGGUGGGUGCUGCACGAGUGAUAUGUUCUCGUGUGAACCUACGGAAAUCAGAGAAAAGUUCGUGAAGGUGUUUGACACACGUCUGCCAUAUCCAGGAGCACAUCGUUUCCGGUUUCUUGGCGUUCGGGCUGUCAAGAUAAUUGAGCAUGUGCAAUGUGACGCCCAGUGUAAAAUUAAGAAGCACGAAUGUCAUAAAUAUCAAAUGUACGAAGCCAGGAGGUGUCGUUGUGUGUGCAGACCAGAGAUGCUCAUACACAAGAAUUCGUGCGAGAACAAUCAGAUCUGGGACGACCAAGAGUGCGGCUGUAUUUGUCCCAACAGAAACACUAUUAAAUGCCCGGAACCGUCCUAUUUCAAUAAAGAUACAUGCAAAUGCACGCUUAAAACAAGUGUAACAGGAGAAAUAGAUCUGGAUAAAUUGUUUGAACAACUUGACAAAGGUCUGAUUGGUUCAGAUAUGCUCCUCGACAAUCAGAAAUCUAGUAAAGACGAAGAGAGAGAUAUCGAUGCGAUUGCUGGUAUGAAAGGUACAAAGGUCCAAGUCAAAGAGUUUGGAGAGAGCUUAGAAGACAUUGGAGAAAAGGGCGAGGCAGAUGAAGAGGAAAAGGUUAAUGAUGUUAAACCGAAAACUAUGUCAUUCGGAGUGGUGGAGAACUUUCAGAAGGAAAAAGAAGAAAAGGUUGUUGUAAAGAACGAAAACCAAGAAAAGAAACCACCAGUAAAGACUGUGUCAAACCCAUGCAAAGACAAAAAAUGUUUUGGAAUGUGGGAAGCAAGGUUACUGGACAACGGCAGGUGUCAGUGUUUCCCGCCAAGACGAUUUGGAUAAUUGUUAUGUUAUUACACAUAUACAAAAAAAGAGAACAAAUACGUUUAGAUGUAUGUGAAAAUAUACACUUUACAUGGUGUUGUGCGUAUUUCUUUAUACAUGUCAGAAUGUGUUUUACAAGUAUUUACCGGACAGACUUUCUGGGGAGGUAACUAGAAUAGCUUUUGGACUACAUGAAGUACAUGUAUUUUCAAUGAAAAUAUCUUUGUGUCGCAAAUUGGGAUUAAUUCUAAAUAUAAUACCGUCAAAUGUUACUCCAUUGUGUUUAAAAGUAAAACAAAUGUUGUUUUUCAAUAUUUCCUGAAGGCUUUGAAUUAUAGGGUUGCUAGGACAGAAAUGAUGAGCAUUGCAUAUAUGAUUGGGUAGGUUUUAGUGCAUUUUUGCAAGUCCCAAAUUCCUUUGAUUGUGACCUACUGUCUCGGUAAUUUUUCGAAUCCAGUAAUAGA